CCCAGAUCUUCACACGCGUUGCUUGUUCUAAAUGAUUACGCGCCGCAAAGUCUAGUAGAGACCCGGUCUUUGAUGAAGAAAUUGGGAAGAGCACUAGAUGAUCACUGCUUCCUUCCGGUUUGAAGGUCUAAAGGGGAGAGACAUUUUAGCUCCUAAAACUUAACAAACACCCUUCUCUUUUCUCUUUUUCGCAGGGACAACUAGAAACUCCAGGUGUCUGUGGGCUUCAAGACACUUUUAGGGUCACGCGUUUCGAUUUAGAGGAACAAAAUGAAGAACGGAUCUUUCGGUCGCGGUGCCAAGCUGAGCAUGUCGCUCGGUCUCAACGUUGCCGCGUUGAUCAACUGCGCGGACAACAGUGGAGCUAAGAACCUCUACAUGAUCGCGGCUAAGGGUACAACGCCUCUUUAUGUCAAUAGUUUUUGUCAUGUAAUCGUGACUUCUUACAUAGGCCGACUUUAGAUGCGGAUGUGAGGAGGAGAUAUAUAUGGUUCAGAAAGUCAGUAAGAUAUUCGGUUUACGAACACCCGCCAUAUGCGCAAUCACCAUGCUAGAUCAUUGACUACUACCAGCACGCUCAAAUUUAGAACUUCCGUUAGAAUUUUGCGGUUUCUGGAACUCGUAACCAAAGGCUGAACCAAAACAAAACUUUACUUCAACUGCAAUCAGGUUGCGGUGCACGCCUCAAUCGUCUGCCAAAGGCCGGUCCGGGAGACAUGAUCUUGGCCUCUGUCAAGAAGGGAAAGCCGGAGCUCCGUAAGAAGGUGUUGCUGUCUGUCGUCGUUCGCCAGAAGAAGGUAACUAUUUUAUAUCUAAAUUCACUGCCCGCGGUAACGCAGCUAGCUAUAAUCGACUUCUGCUGUAGAUUUCUGCAAGCCUCCUUGUCCGAGUCAACACUUCCUCUUUGCUAGAAACUGUUCGCUGGAACCCUAAAUUAUCGUAAGUGUGCUAGGCUAAUGUCUCUCGUACGAAGUGCAUUUUUUCUGAAAUAUCUAAAUCAGGCCUGGCGUCGUCGUGACGGUGUCUUCAUCUAUUUCGAAGACAAUGCGGGUGUUAUUGUCAACGAUAAGGGUGAAAUGAAGGGAUCCGCCAUCACCGGACCGAUCGCUAAGGAGUGCGCUGAGAUUUGGCCGAAGGUCGCCUCCGCCGCCCCGGCUGUCUGCUAAUUGCGGACUCUUCGCUAUCACGGCAUCGAACUGUCACUGAAAGGCGAAUUUAAGUGUCUGGAUCGGGAGGCGAUAAGGAGAAUGACUAGGAGGAGUGAAGCUCUCGUCUUGGUUUAAAGAUGGGCGGACUGAAUCAUUCGAACAUGUUGCUGAAUUAUUCAAGAACCUAAAUUCAACUUGAAAUAGUGUGUUUGACAGUGAUAUGAAAUCGGAACGUAAACGCCCACUAAAGAACUCUGUAGCUCUGUUGAGCUCCUGUCACAGCUGUCGUGCGUGUUGUCUAAUUUUGUUCGAUGAAUGUCACACGUGGCGCACGAGGCAUGUCUGGAAGUGAUGUGAGAGAAUGAUGGUGCGAAGCUGUCAAUUG